UCAUCCUUAGUUCAUUUUAGUGCUAAAGGCACCUUCUGUUUUCCAGGGACGUUAAUGCCUAGUAAAUGCAGAUUGCUUAUCUGUAAUUGCGGCCACACUGCAUGACCUAUAUACAAGCGAAACAAUUGUAGUGCUUUAAUGUGUUAAUUUCCUUUACAUUCCCAGCGCUGUCAACUUUGCGCUGUGACCACAGUGGCUCUGCUGUCGCACAGUGUUUCAUUACCCUCGACCCAUGACAAGUAAACAGUGACCAAAGUUAAAGCGCUUUGAAGAGGGCUGCCGUGACACACUGUUCCUUCACACAUGGAGGUUAGCUGAUCACAAAUCACCAAGCCGGGGACACAGAGACACCAUGGAUCUCCUGAGGCCUCCUCCAUUGACCUCUUCUGCUCUCCUCCAUUGACCUCUUCUGCUCUCCUCCAUUGACCUCCUCUGCUCUCCUCCAUUGACCUCCUCUGCUCUCGUCUCCUCUUCCUCCGCCGAUACUCCCUCUCUCCACUCAUCCACCCCUCCCCCCUCAACGCCACCCCUCCCCCGUCCAUCCACCCAUCCUCUUGCGACCCCUCGUUGUGGCAUCAUGGCGGGGGAGAAGGGACCAGCCAGGCGGAGCGCCAUGGACAUAAAGCGCCUGGCAGGGUUGAUCCAGAGGGGGGCAGGGCGCCUGCUGGUGAUUGACAGCAGGACCUUCUCGGAGUACAACGCGUCCCACAUACAGGGGGCGGUCAACGUGUGCUGCUCCAAGCUGGUGAAGCGGCGUUUGCAGCAAGACAAGGUGUCCGUCACCGAGCUACUGCAGCCCAAUGGCAAGGUCAAGGUUGAGAUGGGCAGGAAACAGGAAGUGGUGAUGUACGACCAGAGUUCCAAAGAGGCGGGGCAACUAUCCAAAGAUAGCUUUGUCCACAUCCUACUGGGCAAGCUGGAGGGCACCUUCCACCGAGUCUCCCUGCUCACCGGGGGCUUUGCUGCAUUCUCCUCCUGUUUCCCCGGGCUGUGUGAGGGCAAGCCAGCUUUGCCUAUGAGCAUAUCCCAGCCCUGCCUGCCUGUAGCUAACGUAGGCCCCACACGCAUCCUACCACACCUCUACCUGGGGUCGCAGAAAGACGUCCUCAACCAGGACCUGAUGGUUCAGAAUGGCAUCACGUACGUGCUGAAUGCCAGUAACACCUGUCCCAAGCCGGACUUCAUCAGCGAGAGCCACUUCAUGCGGAUCCCUGUCAACGACAACUACUGCGAGAAGCUACUGCCCUGGCUGGAGAAAACCAAUGAAUUCAUUGACAAAGCCAAGGUGUCAAACUGCAGAGUCAUUGUGCACUGCCUGGCUGGAAUCUCACGCUCGGCAACCAUCGCCAUCGCAUACAUCAUGAAGACAAUGGGCCUGUCAUCGGAUGACGCCUACAGGUUUGUGAAGGACCGGCGGCCUUCGAUAUCGCCCAACUUCAACUUCCUGGGCCAGCUGCUGGAGUUCGAGAAGGGGCUGCGGCUCCUCCAAGCGCUGUCGGAUGACAAGACCUCUGAGGGCAAAGGUCAAUCCCAGGGUUCAGAGGUCAACGGGGUCAGCUCAGGUUCAGAGGUCAACGGUCAUCAUGACUUUUCAUUAGCAGAGCCCCCGACCCCUUCAGAACCCAAGCUCCCCUCGCCGACCUCCCUCCAGCAGGGCUUCAACGGCCUCCACCUGUCAGCCGAGCGCAUCCUGGACACUAACCGGCUGAAGCGCUCUUUCUCCCUGGACAUCAAGUCUGUGUACUCCCCUAGCAGCCCACACUGCCCACGCCUGGCAGCGCCCACACACUCCGAGGAUGUGCCCAAGCUGUGUAAACUGGACAGCCCCCCUGUCAACGGCAUCUGUCCCCAGUUCUCCCCCGCCCCGGACAGCCCUGGCUCAGCCGAGUCGCCCUUCCCCUCCCCGGGGUGCGGCGGUAGCAUCGGGGGUCUCGGCGUCGGGGGUCCCAGUGAAGGGGGCGUUCGCUCUGGAGGUCCCUCAUUGUCCAGGCCCAGGAGGAAAGCCAAGCACGGCUCUGGAUCUGGUGGAGCUGGAUCCACAAGCAACUCCCCGGUCCACUCCUACCUCCCACACCCCCAGUCCCUCAGCCUGGCUCUGGGACGCUCCCUGCCCGUCCACAAGAGCCCCAGCCUGGACGACAGCCUGAAGGGCUCCAUGCUUCUCUCCCUGCCCACCAUGGGAUCUGGGACCAUGUGGACCAAACACAGAGACACAGUCCAGGCGACCACCCCAGUCACCCCUACCACCGACACCCCCUGGUACUUUGGGACAGAAGAGGUAGGGGAAGGAGGGAUGGAACUCGGAGGCGGCGGUGGAGGAGGGGUGGAAGUGCGAUUCGGAAGCAGCUCAGCUUACGUGGCGUUCGGGUGUAGCGAAGGGGUGCGGCUACGGGAGAAAGUGCCGCGGGACAAAACGGCGUCGUCGUCAGCGUCGUCGUCAUCCUCGACGACCGUUGCUAAUGGGACGGGCUCCAACAGCAACGACAAGCAGUUCAAGCGGCGCAGCUGUCAGAUGGAGUUUGAGGAGGGCAUCUCCGAGACACAUUCCCGGGAGGAGCUAGGGAAGAUUGGGAAGCAGUCUAGCUUCUCCGGGAGCAUGGAGAUCAUCGAGGUAUCUUGACAAACCGGACUCCGGACCACAACCUGCUCGCCCAGGGAGGGGGGCAAAUGGACCUGAGGGGGGAGGACAUAGGGGGGAGAUUUAUAAUCCCUACGCAGACCGUGUUAAAGACUCAAACUCUUGAGAAGACAAACAAAUGGAAAGAGAGUUUCUGUGACUAGACAUGAGGUUCAACUGUCAAUUUACUACUACUGUACAUCUGCAGUACUACCAAACUAAGCUCUAAAGAGAGAAACUCUGGGGAAGAUGGAGGCUGUGGGGCCUGACACUGAACUAUGAACUAUUUCCUCUGUAUGGUGUCAGCUAGACAAAAAGGGACCCUGGGGCAAGUCACAAAGGGCUCCCUAUCCCCCAUAUAGUGCACUACUUUUGAACAAAUGUCACCAAAAGUAUAGCACUAGUUAGGUUAUAGGGUGUCAUUUGAGACGUAUAGCCAAGCGGUUUCCUCCUAAAGCUUGACUUCAGCCCCAGUGAACCCCAGCAUGGCUCAGUCUGCCCCACCAUUCAUUAAAAAGACUUUGAAAGCGCUACGUACCCCAGAAACACAGCACAUCACACUGCAGUGAGAUACCAUUCAGUGUCUACUAAGUGACUAUACCGGUGAUACUGCAUCAAAACAGUGAAGGAUCCUCCAUGUUGGCGUGUCAGCCCAGCAUGGUCCACGAGGACUCAUGGUGACCGAUAAAGACUGACAGUGUAUUUUCCCCACAAUCCUCUUCUGCUCCCUUAUUUCCAGUGUUAAACGGUGUGACGUGACUGAGGUUUGGGGCGGUGGGGAGGGGAGGGGUUAGGUCUAAGUUACGACCUCCCUGUAGUGGCGUUCUGUACACGCAUGUCUCCCUCCACACACCCCACCCCCCUGUGUAUACCCCCCACCCAUGCCCCCCCUUCUCCCAGCCUCUACUGAGCAUGCUCCAGAGUGGCUGGCCGACAGACAGACAAAUACUAUAUGAAUAUAUAUAGCAAUUUUAAUGGACUUUUAAUCAACAUUUGUUUUUCUCAUAGUUUUAAUUUAUUUUAUCUGUUCAUUCUGGUAAUGAGAAAUAAUCAUGUUUUGUGGACUUUUUCCUUUGUUAAUCUCAGUUUUUGUUGAAUGGUAUUUAUGAAACACAUACACAUGCAACAACACACACAAAACUACAAGCAAUAUGUGAUGUUCAUUAUUUGGAGGGAGAGUGAUUUAUUUUGGGUUUCAUCUGACAUUAAAAUGCACUUUUCUGUCACUCUCUUCAAAAACAAGUAUCCCAUCCACUUCCUAAGGGCACCAACACGCUCGAACCCCUGGUGAUAUAACCAGACGCGUGGUAUGGUGAAGAACAGUCAUCUGAGGGGUUUCUAGCUACUUCCCUAUGAGCACAACACGUUUGAAAGACAUUGAAAAGACGUACAAAAACAUGUAUUUUGGCUUGUAAAGACGCUGAAAUACAUAUUUUCCACGUCUUGUGCUCACUGUGUCGACUCUUCAGUUGUGUGUAUUUAUGAUGUUAUUUUUUUGUGAUCGUGGGCUCCUACAGUUAUUAGGGUUAUCUACUGGGAGACUGUUCGUGUGAGGAGACUGAAGAACCUUAUUCAACCCAGUGCUCUUCUAAAGAGCAGCAUUAUUGUAGGAAGGACUGUUGAUUUCUCGAGGGCUACGGACAACAACUACUGGUAUAUGCAAGUAGAUCCACACAUUUGACAAUAUUAGAGACAUCCACCUAAGAGUGCUAGACUCAUUCUGUUGGCUAGUUUCCACACACCCACACACACACACACACACACAGUGUUGGGAUGUGAGAGGAGCCCAAAGCUGAAACAAACCCCCUCCACACACACGAAGAUACACCGCCACCAUUCGUUUGUUCUCAGGGGAUCUUUCAGUGAGCCAAGCCCGGAGCAGGAUACACAACUGCUGGCACAUCAGCACAAUGCAUGUCCCCCUCACUCCCUCGCUCUCUCUCUAUCGCGCUCACUCUUGUUUUCCAAAGGUAUGAUAAAAAAAACAAAAUGGAAGGGAUGAAACUCGAAUGGAAUUUGUUGUGAUUCAGAGGUGAAUGAAUGAAUGCUAUUGCUCUCCUGGUGCGAGAUUGUCUAUUUAUUUAUGAUGUACGUAUAUGUGUUUCUUUUCUUUUUCUUCGGUUAUCUUUUCUCUAUGGCGAACGUUGACCUUUGACCUAUACCUUUGUGCUGCUGUAAGGUCAGACCUGGAUUUCCUGUGUUCAGUUCUCUUCCUAGCCUUUCCUUCUACUCUCUCUAUUUUUUAAAAGAUGUUAUAAUUAUUUUAAAACAUGUUAAGAGAAGAUGCAGGCUGUCCCGAUUGCUAUAAUUGUUGGUAUUGAUGUAUUAUUAUUAUUAUUAUUAUUAUUAUUAUAUAAUUAUUAUUAUGUUGUGUAAAUAGCAACGUAUCUAAGAACAUUGAUGAGUUUAGGUAAGUUUUGAAAAGAAAAUCCUGAUACCUUAGGCUGCUUGACGCAAAAUACCUCAGGUUCCUUUGAAAGGCUUUUCCUUCCCCUGUACCUGUUUUGUGAAAAUGAGACAAAAAUGCAAACAUUACAAAAAUAUGAACUGUU